AUAGUAAGUAUAAUGUAUAAUCAUUAUUAUCAAAAAACCUUUGAAAUGUCAACUGCCACAAGGAGUGGUUUGACACGUUCUUUUUGAAAUAUAAUAAAUUUCGAUAUGCCUGCAAGAGUGAAGACGUGCUGUGUUAUUGGAUGUGAAAAUCGAGAUGCAAGAAGAUAUGCCAUCACUACCGAUGAGAAAAUUCGAAAAGUGUGGCUUGAGCGCAUCGACAAUAGGAAACUUUUGGAAUUGGAGAAAUAUCAAAUUAAGCAUGUUAGAAUAUGCCAGUGCCAUUUUCAUAGUGAUUGUUUGGAAAGCAAUGGAAAGCUGAAAAAAGGUUCUUUGCCCGCAAUUGAUUUGUCAGGGUAUACUGCAGAUCACGAGGACAUUUUCUUUAGAGAGCCGAAAAAAACAAUAUUUCAUGAUAUAACUCUAAAGGACGUUUAUGAAAUAGGACCUUCUACGUCAUUUGGGUUGAGUCUUGAGUCCUAAACGAGGUGUUA